UUGGGUCGCCCGGAGCCAUACAAAAAUACCUGUUUUUGAAGCGAAAUUUUGGGGGCAAAGAUGGAUUUUGUUUGCUAGGGUUUGGCAGAUUAGUAUUCGUUUGACGAAGAAGUCAGCAAUCUGUUGUUGUUGAGGGAGCUUCUGUGUGUCACUUCUACGCUCUUUCUUUCUCCUUUUUCAAAAUCGAAAUCCUCAGUAAAAACAGAGGAGCUUUGAGGAAGCUUCUGGAGAGCGAGAUGGAUGAGGAUGGUAUUGGGCUGGUGCUGGCUCGAGCUUCGGAGCUUCGCUCCAAGAUCACCAACUGCAUCCACAGGGCGUCGAGAGAGGGAGGCGAAGAAGAGGAAGAUAAUGGCGGUAAGGGCGAGGAAGAAGCGGAGAGCCUUUUUAACAUUCGCGAUGCUCUCGAAUCGCUCGAGGCCCAACUCUCCUCCCUGCAGGCGCUACAACAGCAGCAAUGGUACGAUAGGGAAGCAGCUCUGGCAGAGAUUGAUUACAGCCGCAAGAAGCUGCUCAAGGAACUAAAGGAGUACAAAGGUGAAGACUUGGAAGUUAUAAAUGAAGCUACUGCAUUUGCUAGCGAAACAGUUGAGGACGCCAACGAUCUCCUCCUCCCACCAUAUCCCAGUCGACCCUCCCACCCCCUGAUAUCAGAGAAUACCUAUCUUUCUCACUUCCCAACAACCCGUAAACUUUCUCAAAACGGGAUCACUGGCUCUGAUAGGACAACUGAAACAGGGAAGCACCUUAACGAAUCGGAGAGAAAUCAAGCAAAAGCAGGAUAUGAAAACCCGCCUAAAGGGUUUAGACUCCUCAUCAAUGCAGCAGCGAAGACAGCUCUUACUCUCAUUGGGGUAAUAUCCGUUCUAGGAUUGGCCGGCUUUGAACCUAGGCUUAGGAAAGGGGAUGCAGAAUUCAAGGUUUUUGGGCUCUUUCCGCAGCGACGACGACCUGAAGCAGAGAGAAAAAUGGUGCAAUGCCCGCCCGGUAGAGUGUUGGUAAUGGAAAAUGGCGAAGCUCGGUGCCUUGUGAAAGAGAGGGUUGAAAUUCCAUUCGAGUCCGUGGUUGCAAAACCAGAUGUAAAUUAUGGGUGUGGAUGCAGUGCUGACAGGUUUUCUGUAGAAAGGCUUGCGUAUGUGAGUUCUUAUUCAGGAAAGGAUAGAGUUGAAUCAGUUGAGCCUCAAGUGGAAAACCAUGUUCCGGCAGCCCCUGGUUUUAUUGGUUUGUCAACCGGUAAAAGGCUGGAGUCGCUGGAGCCUGGAGGACUGGCUCUCCAGUGCCAUGAAAGGGUGGCAAUAUCCUUCAUGACGACCCCCUUCACUGCCGCAACAGGAUUUACAGAAGAGCAAGAAGCUCUGGUUACCAAGUCGUGGAACUCCAUGAAAAAAAAUGCAGGCGAAUUGGGUCUCAAAUUCUUCCUGAAGAUCUUUGAGAUUGCACCGUCGGCACAGAAGCUGUUUUCCUUCUUGAAAGAUUCAGAGGUUCCCUUGGCGCAGAACCCAAAGCUCAAGCCCCACGCCAUGGCUGUCUUUGUUAUGACAUGCGAAUCGGCAGCUCAGCUUCGGAAGGCCGGAAAAGUUACAGUGAGAGACUCCAGCUUGAAGAAAUUAGGCGCCGUCCACUUCAGAAACGGGGUCGUUGAUGAACAUUUUGAGGUGACAAAGUAUGCACUGCUGGAGACCAUAAAGGAGGCGGUGGGAGAGAUCAUGUGGUCGGUGGAGAUGAAGAAUGCAUGGGGAGAGGCUUAUGAUCAGCUGGUUGCUGCCAUCAAGACAGAGAUGAUGAAGCCAUCCCAUGCCUGAUCCAGCAGGAAAACCCAAGAAAAUUACACACAAUCAAUCCCCAUGCAUGCUUGUUUGUUCUUCCAUCCAUGGAUGGUUAAUUUUGGGUUUUGGCUGUCAAUAAAUGUGAUAUUUGUUGUUGUUUAGUUGAAUAUAAAAUCAUAGUUUGGUUUGAUUUUGGUUA